AUGGAUGAGCUCCGUAGAUCCAUUUUCAAGGAAAAUGGCCCCGGUGGCCUUGGCAUUUUGGAAAUCAAUCAAAUAUUAGAUCGUCUCAUUAGCGCACAUAGACAAGGCCAUCUUCAAGAACAAUUUCACAAUGAAGAAAAUGAUCAUCUAGCCGAUGAUACUAACAAUGAAGCUGAUGUUCUUCUUGUGGCCUCCAGGGAAGCAAAUGUAAUAGCCCUGUGUAAAGCUUAUCAUGCUUUCAACAAGCACAAAGACCUGUACGUUGAAAGUAGGUCGUACGAAGAUUGCUACAGGAUUAGAGGUGGGCGUUGGCGCGGAGAAACUUUUAACGUCAGAGAUGCUGCUACUGCUUUCAACAACAUAAAGAUGGAACUAUGUUUUGCCUAUGAUCAUUUCUACACAAAAAUGGCAUUCUUGCAUACUUGGUGGGGCUGGAUUGCUCGAUUUGUAAGCUUACUUUCAGUAUUUGUCGCGCUUAUCCUGUUUUCUGUUGGAGUUUCCACCAACGAUGAAUUUAACCGAGCAGACAACUUUGACAAAAUUGUCACCUUUCUCCUGAUAAUUAUGGCAUUCCUCCUUGAGGCAGGGAGUUUGAUUGAGUCCAUACUGUCGAAACGCUUUUUGGUGCAGAUAGGGAUCCGUAAGGGGAAAAUGUGGCGCCUUUUGGAGGGAUUUAUUGUAAGGCUUCCAGGUAGAUGUAUAAUCACCCGAGAAGAAAAUCCCACCUUAAAAAUAGGACAGUUCAGCUUACUUCCUUACUGCUUUAAUGAUUCCAAGCAGAAUGCCCCUUUUAAAAAGUUCUUAGGCUAUUUUGAUCUGAAACAGUUCUGGAAUAACCUUAACUACAUUAGCCGUAUCUCCAUUGAAGACGUUUAUGAUCAUCGGCCUGAUGAGGAAAGCAGAUUCCUAAAUUUGGUCUUUGACUGUAUUGCACAACGACUAAGGAGAGAGCGGAUGGAGGAUGAUCACUUCAGGUUCCAAUCUCUCAUCAGCACAGCUGUGCGUGACCAAAUACCUGAUCAUGUCUUCGAAUCCACGAAUUUUGAAGAAUGUGUUAUAGUUUGGCACUUAGCCACAGAUGUGUGCUACAGAUUAUACUAUCACUUGGAGGAAUCACAUUAUCUUCAGUAUGCCAAGUACCUCUCAGAUUACAUGUUAUAUCUACUGCAAGUUCAUCCAGAGAUACUGUCACCACUGACAAGAAAAGAGCUACAAAGCUAUCGAAAUGUAUGUGAUGCAGCUAACAGAUUCUAUGAUGACAUGGAGAUUCAGAGUCAGGUAAUAACAGAGAUCGUCGAUAAGAUUGAACCUGCAUACACUAAUUUACGUGGAAUCCCAAGAGAGAAACGACCAAGGAACAUCUCUAACUUGUUACUAGAUGGCUAUGAACUAGCUCGAGAGAUGGGUUGUCAACGUAUCCGGGAGUAUAGGCUAGGUGAAGAAGUGGAUAACACAUGGAGAGUGUUAUUUGAAGUCUGGGUGGAUAUACUAUCCUAUUCUGCAGUUUUUGUUCCAGGGAAACAACACGCUGAGCAUCUUGUCACCGGUGGAGAGUUCAUAACAUAUAUCUGGUUGCUUAUCAUCUACUUGAUCGAGAACUGAUCGAUUAUUAUUGUUUUUUUUUUCUUUGUUUAAACUUUCUCUCCAGUUCAAUGUAUACUUGGAUGCUAU